AUGAGCAACGACCUCUACUUCAUGGCUAGCUACGACAGCCCGUACCCGGAGCUCACCGAGGUCGUCGAGUGGCUCACGUGCUACCGCACUCGCCAGUACAACGAGUUCUUCAUGUGCGAGGACUGCCUGGAGAACGGCCGCUCCGAGUGCCUGCACUGGUGCGACAUCACCGGCUACACGGAGGCGCAGUUCUUCGCUCACUGCAUCUACCUUGGCCGCGGCCGCGUGCAGGCGGAGCGCGACUGCACGACCUUCCGCUUCGUUCAGACCUAUCAGUGGCGCUACAUGGAGUGA